AUGUCCACCCCCCGCGUCUGGUUCAUCACCGGCUGCUCCACCGGCAUCGGCCGCGCCCUCACCGAGGUCGCGCUCGCCAAGGGCGACGCCGUCGUCGCCACCGCGCGCAAGCCCGCGACGCUCGACGCGCUCGCCGCCGCGCACCCGCCCUCGCGCCUGCUCGUGCUCGCGCUCGACGUGACCGCGGAGGACGCGGUGACGGCCGCGUUCGCCGCCGCGAAGGCGCGCUUCGGGCGCGUCGACGUCGUCGUCAACAACGCGGGCUGGGCCAACGUCGGCGAGGUCGAGGGCCUGCCCGAGGCGCAGUGCCGCGCGCUCUUUGAGACCAACUUCUGGGGCACCGUCCGCGUCACCAAGGCCGCGCUCGCGUUCUUCCGCGACGAGAACCCGGCGGGCGCGGGCGGGCGGCUGCUGCAGAUGUCGUCCUACCUCGGUCUCGUGGGCUUUGCGGGGAGCUCGUUCUACUCGGCCUCUAAGCACGCGAUCGAGGGUUUCACGGAGUCGCUCGCGGGCGAGCUCGACCCCGCGUGGAACAUCAAGGUGACGCUCAUCAAGCCCGGCUGGGUGAUGACCGAGGUCAGGAACAACGCGGUCACGAUGAUGGCGCCCCAGCACCCGGCGUACACGAACCCGGCGCUCACGGUGAACAUCAUCCGCGCGCUCGAGGGCAACCUCCCGCUCGAGUGGAAGGACGCGACGCGGUGCGCCGAGGUCUUCUACCGCGUCGGCUCGAUGGACGUGCCGCCGCUGCAUCUCGUCGUCGGCCGCGACGCGAUCGCCGCGGCGCGCAAGCAGCUUGCGGACUUGUCCGCGUCGAUCGACCAGUUCGAGACGUGGUCGGAGGGGCUGGAGAUCGCCCUGGCGCCGGCAGCGCCGGCAGCAUAA